AUGAUCAGUCUAAGACCCGUGAUGGCAUCUAGGCAAAUAUUAGCGUCAAUUAGUCUACAUCUGUCCAAAUCAUUUAUUCGAAAAAGUACCACAGUUGCAUCUGUUUCCAAAUGGCCAGAGCUAUCAGACUCAGAUUUUAUACAAAAUCCCCAAGGAAGCAAUUCGAAGCAACCGGACUACAUCAAAUUAAUUUUAACUUCGAGAGUUUACGACGUUGUUCUGGAUGCAGGUACGCCUUUAUCACAUGCAAUCAACCUAUCACGAAGAUGUGGUUCAAAUAUAUAUCUCAAACGUGAGGAUUUGUUACCAGUUUUUUCUUUCAAAUUGAGAGGUGCAUACAACAUGAUUGCUCAUUUGCAUUCUAAUGCAAAACAACCGAUGUCUGGUGUUAUUGCGUGCUCUGCUGGUAAUCAUGCACAGGGAGUUGCAUAUUCGGCUAAUAAACUAAACAUCCCAGCUACAAUUGUGAUGCCUACUCCCACCCCUUCAAUAAAGUACAGCAAUGUUUCAAGAUUGGGUUCACAGGUUGUCUUGUAUGGUGAUGAUUUUGAUUCUGCCAAGCAAGAGUGCGCGAGGUUAAGUAAGGAAAAUAAUUUGGUGAAUAUCCCUCCAUUCAAUCAUCCGUAUGUUGUCGCAGGUCAAGGUACAGUUGCGUUGGAAAUUACGAGGCAGUUGAGAUUAGAUAAAUUGGACGCCAUAUUUGUUCCAGUUGGAGGUGGUGGAUUAAUUGCGGGAGUCGCGGUGUAUUUGAAACACAUCGCGCCACAUGUUAAAAUUAUUGGUGUGGAAACAUAUGAUGCUGAUGCAUUGUACCAAUCGUUGAAAAAUAAGGAGCUGGUCCAAUUGAAUAAAGUUGGUCAAUUUGCGGAUGGAACUGCUGUCAAGGUCCUUGGAGAUGAGACCUGGAGAUUAUGCAAAGAUUUAGUCGAUGAAGUUGUAUUAGUCAAUACUGACGAAAUUUGUGCAGCUAUCAAGGACAUUUUCGAGGACACUAGAUCUAUUACUGAGCCUUCGGGAGCUUUAUCUGUUGCAGGGUUGAAAAAGUAUAUCGAGAACCAUCCAGAAAUUGAUCACAAGAAUAAAACAUACGUCCCAAUAUUGUCUGGCGCAAAUAUGAACUUUGACAGGUUGAGAUUUGUAAGUGAGAGAGCCGUAUUGGGCGAGGGAAAAGAAGUUUCAUUAGCCGUGACAAUACCAGAAAAACCAGGUGAAUUUGCCAUCUUACAACAACUUAUCAACCCAAGAGCCAUUACAGAGUUUUCGUACAGAUGCAGUGGGCUUGAGAAGGCCAACAUUUUUGUCUCCUUCAAUGUCACUGACAAAAAAGCUGAAAAACCUUCUGUUAUUGAUGCCAUGACCAAAGCGGGAUUCGAAGUUGUUGAUAUUUCGGACAAUGAGUUGGCAAAAUCCCAUGGUCGAUACUUGGUUGGUGGAAAGUCACACAUUUCGAGAACUGAGAAUGAAAAAUUAUAUCUGUUUGAAUUUCCAGAGAAACCAAAUGCAUUGUUCAACUUUUUACAGGCAUUGAAGAGUGACUGGGACAUCAGUUUAUUCAAUUAUAGAAAUCAUGGUCAUGAUGUUGGUAAAGUUCUAUGUGGAUUUAUUUUACCUGAUGGGUCAGAGGCCGAGUUUCAAGAGUUUUUGAAAAAAAUUGGCUAUACAUUUGUCGAUGAGUCAGAUAACGUCUUUUACAAGAAAUUUUUAAAAAACUAA